CGUCUCCGGCGAAGUCGUCGUCGGCGGCGGCGCCGCCAUGAAUGUGUUCGCGGGGGUCGGCGGCAGCGCGGGGGAGCGCGGCGGGGCGGGCGCGGGGUCCGGGGCGGCGGCGAGGGACGCGGGGUCGGCGGACUUCGGGGCGCUGCUGGAGCUGACGCCGCACAAGAUGGCGGUGUGCCACCUCGUGCAGGUCUUCGCGCCGCCGGCGCAGCAGCAGGCCCCGCCGUUCCCCUUCGAGUCGUCCGCCCACCACAACCGCCUCGGGCUCUUCCUCUUCGCCCUCACCCGCUCAUGUGAGGAUUUCCUGGAACCGCCGCUGGAAGAGCUUUUGAGGCAGUUGAAGGCGGUAGAUGACUUAGUUAAUGGUUGGCUUUGUGAGCAGCUGACAACCACACUGGCUGGGCUUAACUCACCAGACGAUUUGUUCAACUUUUUUGAUAAGCUAAGAGGUGUGCUCACUUCACCGGAGGGUGGAAAUGUGGGAGAUGAAUUUCUGGAUCCAAAUAGUCAGCUUGGAGUUUUUCUUCGUUGCUGUAUACUGGCCUUCAAUUCAAUGACUUUUGAGGGUGUCUGCCAUCUGUUGGCAAAUCUUGUGGCGUACUGUAACUCUGCUGACGCUUCAUAUGAUUUGGCAGAAGAUGAGGACUUUAAUAGUGAAAUAGAAAUGAGCGACCCGAUGGAUGCAGAUAUAGGUGUUAGAUCUGGGGUAUUUGACAGAUAUACUCAAGGCUAUGCCACUGGGAGCCAUAUGGGGGAGAGCUCUUCGUCUCUAAUCCAAGCACCAAUCUCACUCCAUAAUUUUGAUGAAGCCGAUAUUUUCAAAGCAGAGGAUAGUCCAACUUGUCUGAGAUCAAGGUGGCAAUUAGAGGCAUAUCUGAACCAGCAAGCUGACGUUCUUGAAAAGGAUCCCAGCUCGGUGCCUUUGAAUUCAUUUAACAACACUAUGACACAGCUUCAGACAUUAGCUCCGGAGCUUCAUCGUGUCCAAUUCUUGCAAUACUUGAAUGCUCUUUGCCAUGAUGACUAUGUUGCUUCGUUGGACCAUCUUCACCGCUAUUUUGAUUACAGUGCUGGGAUGCAAGGUCUUUUCAGUCGUUCUUUAUCUCCUCACCAAGAUAAUAUUGUCGGAAAGUAUGAGAGCGCUCUGCUCUGCUUAGGCAACCUGCAUUGUUAUUUUGGACAUCCAAAGAAAGCCCUAGAGGCAUUCACAGAAGCAGUGCGUGUUUCUCAAAUGAACAAUGAUGACUCGUGCCUUGCAUAUAUAUUAGGAGCCAUUUCCAAUCUAUUAUCAAAGAUAGGUAUAUCAAGCACAGUUGGAUUAAUUGGUUCUCGAUAUUCACUUGGAAACAAUAUUGGACUGGGCACACCAUUGUCCAUUCAGCAGCAGUUGCUUGUUCUUUUGAAGCGAUCCCUUAAGAGAGCUGAUAUGCUGAAACUUACAAGCUUACUAUCCUUUGAUCACAUCUCUCUUGCAAAAUUUGAUUUGAAGCAUGUCCAAAGGCCGUUGGUGUCCUUUGGCCCUAAUGGUUCUACAAAGCUUAGAACCUGUCCUGCAGAUGUCUGCAAGAAUUUAAGAUUAAGUUCCCAUGUGCUGUCCGACUUCGGCACAGAUAGCUUAUCAAUUUCGAAUGAUAAUGGUAGUUUCAGUACCUCAUGGCUUAGGAAUCUGUCUGAUGCUUCCAGAUCUUGGUCUAAUAGCUCAGCAAAGACUAGAAAACUUAUUGCAAAUGACUUUGACAAUUUCCACUUUCAUGCACAACCAAGUCCAAUACCUACAUCAGUAUUGCAAUUAGCCGGCUCAGCACAUUUGAUGAGGGCCACUGCCUGGGAGCACUAUGGAAGUGCUCAGAUGGUUCGAAUGAAUACGCUGGUCUAUGCAACCUGCUUUGCUGAUGCUGCAAGUUCAUCGGAGCUGUCACUGGCAUAUGUCAAGCUAAUUGAACAGUUAGCAGUCUUCAAAGGAUAUUCAGCGGCAUUCUGUGCGCUCAAGCUUGCCGAAGAGAAGUUCCCAUCCUCGAUGAAUUCACAGAUCCACCUUCUCAAAAUGCAAUUGCUACAUGAGCGUGCCUUGCAUCGAGGACACCUGAGAAUUGCGCAACAAAUCUGUGAUGAAUUUGGGGUGCUCUCAUCUUCUGUCAGUGGAGUAGACAUUGAGCUAAAGACUGAAGCUAGUCUACGGCGUGCCCGCACGUUACUCGCUGCAAAAGAGUUUAGCCAGGCAGCAGCUGUGGCGAAUUCCCUUUUCACUACAUGCCACAAGUACAACAUGCAAGUAGAGAAUGCAAGUGUCCUUUUGUUACUUGCCGAAAUACAUAGAAAGUCCGACAACGCGGUCCUUGGUCUCCCUUACGCAUUAGCCAGCCAAUCGUUUUGCAAAUCGUUUAAUUUGGAUCUGCUUGAAGCUUCGGCCACACUUACUCUCGCUGAACUGUGGCUAGCUCUUGGAUCAAACCACGCGAAGAGGGCCCUAAGUCUUGUUUAUCAAAGCCUUCCUAUGAUUCUCGGCCAUGGCGGUCUUGAGCUGCGUGCUCGGUCUCAGUUAGUCUUAGCAAAAUGCCAUUUAACUGAUCCAGAAUUUUCAGUUUCUGAAGAUCCCUGUGCUGUUCUGGACCCUCUAAAUCAAGCAGCUGAAGAUCUGCAUGUUUUGGAGUACCACGAGAUGGCGACAGAGGUGUACUAUCUGAAGGCCAUGGCGUAUAACCACCUGGGCAAGUUAGACGAGAGGGAGGAAGCCGCGGCUCGUUUCAAGGAGCACGUUACCACCCUUGAGAACCCGCGCGACGAGGAGGAUUCACUUGCUUACUGACAUUGCACAGUUAAUCAACCGCUCUGGUAGGACGGGGCCAUGUAUUGCAGCGAGGUAGCAGCAGGAGCACAAACAGAAGUGCCUGCUUUGUCCACCUGAUCUCAAGACUCCUUCCAUGACUUCCUCUGCAAAGUCGCCUCAUCGGUUGGGCGGGCGAGGACCUUGGCAUGCACACUGGCUGAAUUUCAGCACUGUUCGAGGGAGCUUUGUACGAGGAAGAACAACUGGGUGGUCUCACCAGCUACUCAUGGCCUGAUGCAUUCUAUUGCUGAAUGAAUGUAUAUCAGUCCAUCUCAACUUUCGGCACAGUUCGAGAGAGCUUUGUAUGAGUUGUAAAAUCAAUUGAAUUUUGUUCCUGCGCCGUCUCAGCUUUCUAUCAGUCAA